AUGGAUGGAAAUCCCUCCAGCCCUUCCUCUCUCCUAAUCCCAGUUCAGCUAUCACCAGACGGAGGCCAGUCUUAUGACUCUGAAUAUAAGCACCAGCCAUGCUCAGCAUGUGCCCAAGACCCCUGUCAAAGUAGGCCACUCCUGAAGAGGCUGGAAGCCCAGGAUCCAAAACUCACAAUGGAGAUCGACACCGCGGUUGAAAAGUCUGACAAAACCCAAAAGACAACAGCCAAAUGUUGCCAGCAAAUGUUGAGAGCCCUGAGCUGUGUCACUGGAGAUAUGAAGAUGUUUGGAGACUGGCUGAAAGGUAGGUCACAUUUGUGCCCUAUCUUUACCAGCGCUUUAAGUUCACUCUUCAGCAAAUGGGACCUUCCAGUUUUCACACUGCCUUUCAAUUUGGCUCUGAGUCUGUUUCUAGGGGCCACCGGCCAUUAUAAUUCUUUCUUCCCUACAACGCUGAUAGAGCCAACCGCCUCUUUACCCAACAACUCUUGGUCCGACUUUCAAGUGUCUAUGCUACUGAUUGGGAGAGGCAGCCAUCAGGAUGGCUGUAUUCUCUGUGGACUCAAGCUCACCAAGUUUUCCAUCCGUUUUUGCUUUCUAGCCCUAAGUCUGGCCUCCCCUUUGAACAAAAUUUAUGCCGGGUUGUGGAAUUACAACAGCUGCCUCUCCUGCAUUGCCAUUGGAGGGAUGUUCUACGCCCUCACCUGGCAGACAUUUGCGUUGGCCAUCGCUUGUGCUUUUUUCACCACCUACAUGGGAGAAGCGAUGGGCCGCAUCUUUUCCGUGUUUGGACUGCCAAUAGGGACCUGGCCAUUUUGCUUAUCUUCGCUCACCUUCCUGCUCUUAACCACCACCAAUGAUGCCAUCUUCAAGCUGCCUCUCUCCAAAGUCACCUAUCCAGAAGCCAACCGGGCCUACUAUGUGGAGAGAAAGAAACUGUGCUCUGAAUCCAUUUGCGAGAAAGUGUAAGCAAAUCGAAGUGUCAGUCUUGCAACUAGAGAGUCGUCCCAAGGAAGAACGGAAGAAAAACUUAGUUGUCAGUGGACAGUUUGUUCUUCUUGGUUGUAGAUGCCUUCUCUUGGAUCAGAAGUUCAACUUUCAAGAUGUUCUUCAGUUAGAAGGCAAUGUAUUCAUCUGGAAAGGAACAUAAUAUAUGUGGGACAAUUCAGUUUAGACCAGAGGUGUCCAAAGUUGGCCACUUUAAGACUUGUGGUCUUCAACUCCCAGAAUUCCUCAGGCUUGUUUUUAAUAAGCCAUAAAAUCAGACAUGACUCACUUAAGAACUGCCUUGCUUAGUGAUGGA